AGAUUCAAAAAGUAAGAAGCAGAUUGAUAGAAAUUGGCCACACCCAACCGAAAGUGGUCAUUCGUAUAGGUCAUUCGAGAAAGUUAAGCCAAAACACCAUCGAAAAUGGCUCCGAUUUUAGGAAGCAACUUCACAAGUGUGGAAGAACUUUCCACAAAUACUCGAGAAGUCUUUCUCGAUGCCACCGAAAUACUGCUUAGGUUUGCGAAGAAUGUUCUAGACCAACCAAACAAUGAAAAAUUUAGGAAGAUAAGAGUUGCUAACAAGCACGUACAGAGCAAAGUUUUGCCGGUUGCUGGUGGAAUGCAAUGUCUUUUUGAAAUGGGUUUUGAGGAGGACACCAAUGGCGAAUUCCUCAAUCUCCCAAUGACCACAUCCUUGGACCAACUGAAAGCCAUUAGAGAGGAGUUAUUAGUUAGGAGAGAGAAGUAUGGUGUCAAAUCCAAUGCUGCCAGUGGUGAGAGGCAAGAACCCUAUGGUGCUGCAGCAGCAUCUGGUGGCAAUGAGAGGAACCUUGAGUUGCCCUCCCCAGCUGGUGCGACUUCAACCAGUGUGCCUUCAGCAAGUGCGAGUAAUGUCCAAGGAGAGCCUAAUGAUUACAUGAGCAGAAUGUCCAAAGAACUUUCCUUCUUCACCAAGAUGAGAACUCAGCUUGCCCAAGUUUUGCUGUAUGAGAAUCCAGCCUUGCAGUUCAUGGCCAAGAGGUGUAUUCCAGUAGAAGCCCUGCAGGAAUUGGCUACUAAGAAAGAACAGGCUAUGAAGGAAGCCUUGAAAGAAGGUGAAAGCAACUCCAAACUUCCUGAUCUGAAUGAUUUCAUACUGCUUGAACUCUUGACUUGGUUUAAAUCACAGUUCUUUUCUUGGGUUGAUGCUCCUCCAUGUGAGGUGUGUGGCGGGACUCCUGAAGCUUGUGGCAGUGCUGAGCCAACUCCUGAAGAUUUGAAGUACGGUGCUAGUCGUGUAGAGAACUACUGGUGCAGCAAGUGUCGCAGAUACGAGAGAUUCCCCCGCUAUAACCAUCCAGGGAAGCUUCUCGAGACUAAGCGGGGCCGCUGUGGCGAGUGGGCCAACUGUUUUUGCCAGCUGUGCCGAGCACUUGGUUUUGAAACUCGGUUUGUCCUGGACUGGACUGACCAUGUCUGGGCUGAGGUAUACUCCCAUGCUCAAGAAAAAUGGCUUCAUUGUGAUCCCUGUGAAAAUAUCUGUGAUAAACCUUUGACCUACGAAGUUGGGUGGGGGAAGAAACUGAGUUAUGUCCUGGCGUUUUCAAAAGAUGACAUCCAGGAUGUCACCUGUCGAUACACUUGUAACAAUGAAGAGAUUCUAAAAAGGCGCACAGAGUGUCGUGAAGGGUGGCUGGCCCAUCAGAUCACAAAACUCUGCAACGAUCGUCAGAAAUCUCUAACUGAGGAGAGAAGGAAAGAACUUCAGAAAAGAGCAGUCCGUGAGAUUGGUGAGUUUUUCAGACCAAAGAAUGUAAAGCAAGGUGAAUUGGAAGGCAGGUCAUCAGGUUCGCUUGCAUGGCGGCUGGCACGAGGGGAAACUGGGGCAAGCUCCACGGCUUGUAAGACUGGAGAGUUGUUCAAGCUGACAGCGAAGGAAAGGGAGAGGAAGGUGUUCCACUUACGUUACUGCUGUGCGAGUGAUAAAUACGAGAGGAUCGGAGACGGCUCUGAAAUGAUGGGGUGGGAUUCGUGCCUGUUUGAAGUGGAGAACGUGUUUCGUAAGGAGGAGCACGACUGGAAGAUGGUGUACUUGGCCAGGACAGAAGGAUCAGCUGCAGCUAGCAUCAAAUGGAAGUUUGACUUCAGAGAAUCUGGUUUGGUUGUGGACCAUGUAACCAUCAAGGCUUGCAGUGCAACAUACGAGAGUGGGACUAUCCGAUGGACACUAUGCAGUGAUGCCUCCUGUGUAAUGCUCGAUGGAAGUUCACAGAUUGAUACCAUGGACCUAAGUGGGAGUGAUGUUUUGACACUGACUGCGGACAUGUCCGGAGGGAAUGGUGACGUAGCAUGGCAGCAUACACAGCUCUUCAGACAGGGGACUGAGGAGACAGCUGUACAUCCUCUCGAGCUCAGGAUCACGUUCAAGUAACAGAGGAUUUCUAUGUCGCCCAAAAGUUGCGAUCAUCCACGCAGCAGUCUGCUGCUAUCAUACAUAAACAUUUCUCAAGGGCUUGGAAAAUCAUUCUAAAGAUCAGUUCAGCUGGCACAUUUUUGCCGAUUUUCGGGCAGCCAAAAAGCUAGCUAUGGGGUGAGCUGAGUUUCUACACCAGUGUUGAUGCCAGGAUAAUUGGGUAAUCGAUAUAUCAUGUACUUAUGCCGAGCAUCAUAUGAUUCCUUAAAGGCAGGAGCUGGGUGGUCACCAGAUGAUCAAUAUCAUGGCCAGUUAAGGGAACUGGUUCUGGUGUUACAGAGUGAUAAAAGGGUACAUGCAUGCUCCUGCCUCUCGUCUCCUUUGAAAAAUGGAUAAUUUUUUGUUGUUGUUUUGGGUAUGGAUACUGUCCUGACUAAGUUAUUAAUGGGUAUGGUGGAAUUGUUAGGAAAAUAUUGUAUUUGUUUUUACAAAAUAUAAUGAUAUUUUUACAUAAGAAUAGUUCAGCAGCACUGAUAGCAUUAUAACAUUGCUUCCUCUGUAUCAUAAACUAGUUCACUACUGCUUUUUGUGCCAUUUCUCAUCAUUGUAGGUUGUCUUUUUGAAAUAGGACUACCAAGCAUAUGAUUGUACUCGAAAAGUAUCAUGAAAAUUGUUUGCUUUAAGGAUACCAUGUCAUUGGAGGACAUCAUGUAAAUUGCAAAAUCUGGAAAA